AUGCCCUUCGAGCCUCCAGAGGUCUGGGCGGCUGGCGUUACCUACAAGACGAGCGAAAUGGAACGCCGCAGGGAGAGCGGCACUCCGGAUGUAUAUUCGAUGGUGUAUAGCGCUCCGAGGCCCGAAGUAUUCUUCAAGGCGACACCCGAGCGCUGCGUCGGCCCGUUUGACUCGGUGGGCAUACGCGAGGACUCGGACUGGAAUGUACCAGAGCCGGAGCUUGCCUUCGUGCUGUACGGUGGCGCGAUAGUCGGCUACACAAUCGGGAACGAUAUGAGCAGUCGCCAGAUCGAGGGCGAGAACCCGCUGUACCUGCCUCAGGCGAAGGUUUUCAACCGCUGCUGCUCCAUUGGGCCGUGCUUCGUGACGGCGGAGUCGCUCGACGACCCACACGGCCUCGAUGUGACCUGCACUAUCACGCGCGCCGGCGAAGAGGUGUUCAGCGGCAGCACGAACACGUCGCAGAUGGCGCGAACAUGUCAGGAACUUGCCGACUGGCUGCAAAAACACAACGAUGUGCCGAAUAUGACCGCAGUAUUGACAGGCACAUCCAUUGUUCCGCCGCCAGAUUUCACGCUCCAGGAAGGCGACAGAGUGAGCAUGACGAUACAGGGCAUCGGCACGCUGGUGAACGAUGUCGUAGUGGUGUAG